UCACUCUCAGGAGAUCAGGAUGAGUGUGUUUCUUCAUCAGAACUGUGUCUGUGUCUCGGUAAUGGAUGUGAAUUCUUCAUUUCUCCAAAACUAGAUGAAUGUAUUGGAGAGUCUCACUAAACCUCAUACUAUUAUAAGACCAGCAUCCUGUACAAGUGUGUGUGCGUGAUAAAGAUGAAGUGUUUUCCACUCGUGAUUACAGUCAUCAGUUUUUCAGAAGUGUUUUCUCUUCGUAUGACACCAUUUUUCUGUCCAGCGUUGCUUCAGUAGCUCCUGUCCAACGGCUUUGUUACAAAAACAAUGAAAACCGCUUUUUGUGCUGAGAUACACAUUCCAGCCGUGUGUGUGUGCGUGUGUGUGCGCGUGUGUGUGUGUAUACACGUGAUAUAUGUACAGUCUGUGGUGGAGGCUGUUUACAUUUGAGCAGGAUUCACUGCACAACUUUUAAUUAAUUUGUUAGGGUUGACUUCAGAGGGGCUGUAGUUAGACCAAUGGGCGGAGUCUUGCGAAGGCCACGCCUCUCUUCAAAUACACAGCCACACUUCACUUAAAGCUCUCUGUCUCCGCUGUGCUGUUUAGUUCACGGUAAACCUGCAUCACGUCUUUCAUUUCAUGACUAAUAUCAGCAGUGCAUUAAUAGUUUUUCUGAGUUUUGCUAUGCUUUCACCUGUACAGUUAAUGCAAAAAACUACUGUAUAAUAAAAACUAUUCUGCUAUGAUUCUUCUGCUACUAAAAGCAAAAGGAAUACGUGUUUAUGACCUGUUUAAGAAUACUAGAUGGAUUUCCUGAAGGACCCACUGUAUGCCAAGUACAGCACUUUCCCCGGAUGGCAUUCUUCACACAUAUAUCAGCACAAGCCUUCUACAUCCACUCGCCUGCAGCACCUGUCGGAGUACAAGGGCUCAACUGCUGAGCCAAAAACAUGGGUGCCGUCAGGAACCAGAACUACUCAGGAUAUUUAUGACUUUACCAAGCAGACUGAUAUACCCUCGAUCGCAAAUUUUUGUUCACACACCAAGUUAUCGCACAGAGAAUUAUCUGAUUACACUGGUGACGUGAGCAAUCGUGUACCAAUAGAAAAGCAGAGAUCAGAUAAAGGGAGGCAUGCAGAAAGAGACCAAGGGUGGGAAAACACAUGGCCAAUGAACUACAGAGAAAUAAGAGAAAACUUUGGAGCGAACAGUCGUAAUGUGAUGCAAACCUACGCCGACUGCUAUACUCGUACGCUUUCCAAAAAACCACUUCGCUUUGAGUCUGGGGAGCGGAGGUCAUCUAGGUGUGCUUCAGACAUGGGAAGUGGCCAGUGGGCUCUUAGUCCAGACAUUACUGAACAAUUCCAGCCAACUGCUUUAACAUCACAGAAAAAAGACAAAACUGAGCUCAUCGGGGAACAAUGGUGGAAAUGGAGCCCUCGGAAUUCAAGAAAUACAGAGAGUGUUUUACCAGUAGGAUCAUUUAGACAGCCUCCAUCCUACAUGGCACCACCAGCAUACAGCUCCCCGAGGAACGGUGAGAAGAGAGCGGGAACACCUGAAACCUCUGCAGGGGCAUUUCAGGAGAGUAGGACCGUACCCUUUACGGAUCUGACAGAAACACAUCCUGCACCAAACAAUGGACAUUAUUUACAAAAAAAUGACCAGACACAGAACACAGAGAGAUAUCACAGUGAUAUCACGGAUGGACAACGCUAUCUGGACGCCUUAAAUACAUCCACUGUCCUGCAGUACACAACAAUAAACACCAAACCACAGCUUCAGUACAGAGAGUCUCCACAGAUGAUCCAUCCUGAUAUUACUCGGACAAAGCAGAUCAAACUCCCAAGAAGAAAAGGCAGCGAGACUGUGUUUUGUCUAGUCUCCCGAAUGGGAGAGGUGUCAGGCUUGUCCAGUUCUCCAGAGGAGCCACUUAAAUCUCAUGUGUUACCGCUGUUAACCGACUGCAAGCCGGAUUACAAGACACUCACUACUGAGCAGACAAAUGCACCUCAGCACAGUGAUGACAGCAGACACAAUCAGGAUGUGUGCUUGCAGAAGGACAAAACUGUUGGGCAGCUCCAUGAAUCCUUAAUGUUUGGAGAGUAUGGGCACGCACCCCUAAAUGAAACAUCCAGUUCUAUCCAGGACCUCUGUAAUGCAACAGAACCAGAUAAAAAUAAGGAAGAGCUGCAAUAUUAUGUCCAAGGGAAUGACUCAGACUCAAACGAUUUAGCCCAGAAGUCAACUAUGCAGACAGACGGACCAUGCAUGGAAAUCAUAGAGAAAUUCCCAUUGUGGAAAGAACCAAAAUAUCAGCAUCCCUCGACCGGUAUGCCUGAGCAAACAAGAAACAAUGAGCCUGAAGUUAGCAAUCCCUCAACAAAUGAACAACAGAGUCUUGUGCUCAUUGACGCAACCUGUGUUGUUGUCAAGGUUGAGCUUGUACUUCUUCCAGAAAAAGAGCAUGUCCAGUAUGUGUGUUUGACAGAAGAGAACCCUUCGCCAAGUGCUAGAGAGGUGACCGAGGAGCAGAAGCAGCACAGCAGUGCCGCAGUGCAGGAGGAGACUCCUGAAAACAUUACUUUGGAUGAGAGAGUAGGAGGCAUUCUUGAAGUAACACAUGAGCAUCCCAGGACAAGUGUACAGACACACAAGAGCGUUUCAGAAGAACAUUACAGCUUCUGUGAGAGUCACAAAGUGCAUCCAGUAAAAGAGUUUGAGCAAUCUCCAUCCAUAGCAGCAACUGUUGAUCGGCAGCAAGAGCAAGAAAAUAAACCGGUGCUGGGACAUUCCCAGAGAGAGACAACACCGGAGAGUAAUGAUGGCGUACAGGAAACCCUCAACAUAAUGAAAGUGGAAGAGCAAACCGCUGCACAAGAACCUGAAUCUGUGCUCGAAGACCUUGAGGAUUUCUCAAAUGCAAAACCCACAUCUGAAAAGACCACCAUAUAUUUGAAUCAAUCCACAGAACAAGGGCAUGGACUUGCACUGGAGGACAGUGUGGUUGAGCAGAGUACACAGAAGGAUAAUGAGAACCAAACAGAUGCUAAAGACCCAACAGAAGACAACCUCUCAGAUGAUAACCAAGAACUUGUUUUGGAUUGCUCUACAGCUGUUCUUGGGAAAAGUGCAGAACAUUGCAUGAAAGAUGCUUUAGCUUUCAGUGUGGGUUCCAGGACUCUCAGAAGGUCGAGCUCUUCGCCUCAUUUGUCAUUUACCUCUGCUUCCAAACCCUUGGAUGUAUCAGCUAUUUCUCCUGUGGUUUCUCACACCGAGAACGAGCCGCCGCUGCCUACAUCUUUCACUAACCCAGAAAGCACCCAGUGCUCCGGUUCUCCCAGUGUUCAGACAUCUUCACCUCCCUCUCCGUCUUCUACUCCACUUCCAGAAGCUUUCGAAGAUUCAACUCUCCCACAGACAGGACACGUUCCUUCUGAUGUUUCACUCUGUACUCCAUCUCUCCGUGAACAAAAACCAAAGACCCAGCACGCCGAGUCUCUGUGGGACGCGGUGAGUCGUAUACGCAGACACACUGCUCCUGACUCCGAGACGGAGGACGAGGAACAGUCUGAAAGUGCAGACAAUGACUUACUUUAUCAGAGACUGAACACAGAAGAGGAAGGAGAAUCUGAGGAUAAUACUUUAGAGAACUGAACAAAAACAAAAGCUGUCUCUACUCCUGUGUUAGAAAACACUGUGUGUAUGCUAUCAGUACAAGACUAGGGUGUAGUGAAAUAACAACAACCCCAGUGACACCACACCAAUAUUUGACACUCUGUAUUAGCGGUAAGGAUUUUACAGUAAGACUUUUUUGCUGUAACAAGUGUCUUAAUGAGCGAGUCAUUGAAUCUUUCACUCAACCUAUUAGUUCAGAAAUUAAUUUGUGAAUGGAGCAUCACCUGCUGUGUGGCGUUGUGUGUGAAUACAGUGUAGUUCUAGACUAAAUGUGAAUGUGCAUUCAUUUAUAUCUCUUGCAAAAAAACAAAUUUAGCAUUCAUCAUAAUUAGUUAAAACUGAAUAAAAAUGAUGCAUUAAUGAAAUAUGUUAAUACAAAUGUCUCUAAUUCCCUUUUAUUUACCGAUGUCUGAUCCAGUGUCAUUAGUUCACCUUUACAUAUCACCAGUACAAUCUGAUUAAACAAAUAUUAAGCAUAUUGUGCCGCGCUGUCCCUGUGGAGGGAUCAGAAUAAAGCUUGAACCUGUUACUUUUGACCUGUACAAUCAAUCAAUAUAUAAAUGAAUUAAUUAAUGAUAAAAUAUGGAUAAAAAAUCAAUUGCUCUAGCAAUCACCAAUACAGAUAUUUGCUUUUUAUAUAAAUAGUCCUUUGUAAUAUAUUUCACUUUUACAAUAGUAGGUCUAGAGCAGGGGUCACCAGGUUCAGUCCAGGAAGUGUUCAGCUCCAGCUCACCUGCCUGGAAGUAAUUGAUUAUCUGCUUCAGGUGUGUUUGAUUAGUGUGAAAGUUCAAAUGCUGUAAGAUUUGUGCAUUUUCUGCAAGAAAUGUAAGUAGUGUUAGACCGAGGGAGCGAAACUCAGUUCCUUUAGGACCAUUUGAUUAAACUCUAAACACACUUGAUCCGGCUCAUCCAGUCCCUUCAGCUUCUUAAACUCCUCUUUACAAGUCAAAAACACACCGAGUAGUUCUUUUUUUUUGCUUGUUUUUUUAAAUGAAUUCUUCUCAAGAAUUGCGACUUCAACAGAUUACAGGGUCUCUCUGCACGAGCUCCACGCUGAACGCCUGAGGUAACACGCGGUCGUAGAAGUCCUGAGCGCCGUGUUCUCUGCGCAUCGCUGAGGCCAGGAACACAACGGCCCCGUCCCGGCUCAGAUGAGCCAGCGUGUCCACG